UCCGGCGCUCAGUACCGAGGGUGCGUAUAACGGGGAAGGGGGAGCCGGCGCUGCUGCAGCUGCUGUGCCGUGUGCUGGGCCGGGCUGCUCGUUCUGUGCAACUGACACCCUUGUGACCCGAUCUCAGCGAAGACCAAGAAAAUAACUGAACAUGACAACAGAAACGGGCUCCGAGUCUGACUCCAAACAGGAUCAGGAGAAAGACCAAAAAGAUUCAGCCCAGCAGAAGGAGACUCAACCAGGUCAGCAGCCUGGCGAAGAUAAUCAGAACGCACUAGAACAUUUCCCAGCAGCAGCGGCACACAGUACACCACUAAAGAGUGAUAAGAACUCAGACAAAGACUGGUAUAAAGAAGCUGCUGCAAAACAGCUUGACUAUCAACAACUUGAAGACGACAAAGCCUCUCAGAGAUCGGCAUCCAGUAAACUUUCCAAAUCCCCUCUGAAAUCUGUGAAAAGACCCAAAAACAUGCAGGCUAAAGUCACCCUCCUGGAUGGCUCUGAAUAUACUUGCGAAAUAGAGAAACGUUCGAAAGGUCAAGUCCUCUUUGAUAAAGUGUGUGAACAUUUAAACCUGCUGGAAAAAGAUUACUUUGGUUUAGUGUAUAGAGACUUGGAAAAUCAAAAGAACUGGAUUGACCCUGCUAAAGAAGUCAAGAAACAAACACGAAAUGGAUCUUGGCUGUUUUCCUUUAAUGUUAAAUUCUAUCCACCCGACCCUUCCCAGCUUUCAGAAGAUAUAACCAGGUAUUACCUUUGCCUUCAGCUGCGAGAUGACAUUAUAUCCGGGCGUCUCCCUUGUUCCUUUGUUACACUGGCUCUCCUGGGAUCCUACACUGUACAGUCAGAACUGGGUGACUAUGACCCUGAUGAAUAUGGCAGCGACUAUGUCAGUGAAUUCCGGUUUGCACCAAACCAAACAAAGGAACUAGAGGACAAAGUAGUUGAGCUGCACAAAAGUUAUAGAGGAAUGACGCCUGCUGAAGCUGAAAUGCACUUCUUAGAAAAUGCCAAAAAAUUGUCAAUGUAUGGCGUAGAUCUACAUCAUGCUAAGGACUCUGAAGGUGUUGAAAUAAUGCUGGGUGUUUGUGCCAGUGGCCUCUUGAUAUACCGUGAUCGGCUACGGAUAAACCGAUUUGCCUGGCCAAAGGUCCUGAAAAUUUCAUAUAAAAGAAAUAAUUUUUAUAUUAAGAUUCGCCCAGGUGAGUUUGAACAGUUUGAAAGCACCAUUGGGUUUAAGUUGCCAAAUCACCGGGCUGCAAAACGCUUAUGGAAAGUGUGUGUUGAACAUCAUACUUUCUUUAGGUUGAUGUCACCAGAAGCACCACCCAAAAAGUUCCUCACCUUAGGGUCAAAGUUCCGUUACAGUGGAAGGACACAAGCUCAGACAAGAAGGGCAAGUGCACUUAUUGAUCGGCCUGCACCCUACUUUGAACGCUCUUCAAGUAAACGCUAUACAAUGUCCCGAAGCUUAGAUGGGGCAUCAGUGAAUGAAAACCAUGACAUGUACAUGAAGGAUUCUGUGUCUGCCACAGAGGUGGGCACUGGCCCAUACAUCGCAGCAAAGGGUGUGUCUCAGACCAAUUUGAUCACUUCGGUAACACCUGAAAAAAAGGUGGAAGAAGAAAAAGAUGAGGAGGAAGACAAGAAAAAGAAAAUAGAAAUCACCACUACUGUGACCACCAUUCGCCAUGACACAAAGCCAUCUUGUUGUUCAACUGAGCCAUUUCAUUCCCCUCCACUGUCAUGCUCUAGUUCCCCCUCAUCUUCAAGAGGUUUACGUAGGAGAUGUAAGGAGAACUCUCAUAAGUCAUGUGAGCCUGGAUCAGAUGUGGCUCAAAUGUCUAAUGAGCUUGAUUGGGACUCUGAACAAAAAGGGAAAUUAUACCUUGAUGAAGAUGAAAUUGGUAUAAGCUAUAAGCAGCAAGCUGGCAAAGGCGGGACUCUGUUUUCUUUCUCUUUGCAUCUUCCAGACUCCUUCCCUUCUCUGCUGGAUGAUGAUGGCUAUCUUUCUUUCCCUAACAUUUCUGAAGCCAAUUUCCUGCCUGAAAAUUUACAGCAUUAUCUUCCAAUCCAGUCCCCAUCCCUUAUUCCAUGUUUCCUCUUCAUCUUUUUCUUUCUGUUGUCAGCCUCUUUCUCUGUCCCAUGUGCCCUCACGCUCUCUUUUCCUUUGGCUAUGUGCCUCUGCUACCUGGAGCCCAAGGCGGUCUCCUUGAGUGCCUCACUUGACAAUGACCUGAGUGACAGUUCAGAUGAUGAGACUGAUAGUGAACAGACGGAUACAGCAGCUGAUGGUGAAACGACCGCCACAGAGUCGGAUCAAGAUGAUGAUACAGAUGUGAAGACUCGGAAUAGUCUCAUUAAGCGAAUAAAGGGGGAAAAUGUAUAUGUCAAACAUAGUAAUCUUAUGUUAGAGGAAUAUGAUAGGAAUCAAGACGAAAUGAUGAAACAUCAAACUAACAUCAGUGAGCUGAAAAGAACCUUCUUGGAAACAGCAACAGACACUAUAGCUGGCGGUGAAUGGGAGAAACGUCUCUCUACAUCUCCUGUGAGACUUGCUGCCAGACAAGAAGAAGCUCCUAUGAUUGAACCACUAGUGCCUGAUGAGACCAAAGAAGAAAGAGAAAAAGAAGAAAGACGUAUUUCUUUGGAAAGGACAAGCUACUCAAUGUUAGAAUCUCAGCCAGGGGACAUAGUGAAGAAACUUCGGGAAGCCCGAGCCACCAGCCCUGUGGCUACUUCUCAGAAAAUCAUUAUGCAGAAAACUAUCCCUUCAUCCCCAGAGGGCACAGACGAUUGGGUUAUUAUAGACAAAGUACCCACUAAAAUUGUUGAUGGUGAAACAAAAACCAUGAUCACUUACAAGGUGACAACUGUGAGCAGUGACAAACCGGUUGAAACCUUUAAGACCAGCAAUAUUGAAACCCAGAGCCUGGAUGCCUUGAAAAUGGAAAUUAGAGCUCAAGAAGAAGAAAACAGGCAGAAAAUGUACACGUUGGGGAAAUCCUAUGACGCAGUGUCUGGAAAAAUUUUAACAAUGACGAGUAAAGGUAAAGAAGGUGAAAAGUUAUCACAGCCCUCAACAUUUGAAGUCAGACAGAAGCUGGAAAAGGACAUUUCUGAAACUGUGAAAAUAAUUCCUGUGGCUGGAAAGUAUGAGAUUGUGGAAACAGUUAGCGAUGAUAAAGGUAGAAAAACUUCUGAGGCCCCUACCGUUAAAAGGAGAAUGUCAGAGACCCUGACUCCCAUUAAAGAGUCAGACUCCCAACUUGCUAGUCCAAUAGAAGAGAUGCUGAAAAAAGUCCAGGAGUCGGACACCUCUAUGAAGAUGGUAGAAACGGUGAUCACAGAGAAAAGGGCAGAAUUUCCAGAUUAUGCAAUCAGUAAGACAGAGGGUCCUGGAUGGAAGGAUAAGAAGCUCUCGGAAUGGCGAUAUACAAGAGAUCAACCAUUUACAAUUGCUACUGCUCACUAUGUCACCGAAUCGUCUGCAUCCAAAGUGGUGACCAAACAGUCUUCUGGUGAAAAACUCAUGGAUGGUUCUGAUAUCUACAGUUUAUUAGAGUCUUCAAGAAAGCCAUCUGAGUUCAUAGGAGAGGUUACAACUGCUUCACAAAACUGGGCUCAGAAAACCGAAACAAAAAGUCAAUGGGAAACUGACGAAGUAAGAGAAGAGGACGCAGAGCAAAGAACGAAAGAGAAGGUUGUGCAGGGGAUAAUCAGUUUGGAGGAGACGGGGAGUGUGCAUGCAAGCGGGGAUACUGCUCAACUGAGUGCAGAGCAGUUGGAUGGUGCGGCUAAGGCAAAUGCAGUCAUUGCUUCUUGCUUGAAAGGGAGUGAGGAAACUGAUAAAGAGGAAGAUUGGGCUGUUGAUGCUUCUGCUGCUAGUAAUGCUCAAGAGGAGCAGCAUGGCUCAGAUAUUCAUGACACACAUCUAUUGGAUGGCAAGCCUCAUGAUGAGUCACCCCUGGUGAAAACCGAGAUCAUCACUUUUGGCACUAUCGCAGAUGGGGAGAAGCCUGAAAUUUCCACUAAAGAUGUACCUGUAAUACAUACAGAAACUAAAACCAUUACCUAUGAGUCAUCAGAGAUGGUGUCUCGCCCUGACACAGAUCCUGGUGUUUUAAUGAGCGCUCAGACAAUUACUUCAGAAUCUCAUGGCACUACAACUACUACACACAUUACCAAAACUGUGAAAGGAGGCAUUUCAGAGACCAGAAUUGAAAAGCGUAUAGUAAUUACUGGAGAUGCUGACAUCGACCAUGAUCAGGCGCUGGCUCAGGCAAUAAAAGAGGCCAAAGAGCAGCACCCUGACAUGUCAGUGACCAAAGUAGUGGUACAUAAAGAGACAGAAAUCACACCUGAAGAUGGGGAGGAUUGACCACAGGAGUAAUGUAGCUUGAAAGCAAGCUCAGACAUGUACACCGUUAGGAAUACGAGCACCUCUGUGGAGCGACAGACAGAAUCUGGCUGACUUCUGUCUGGGGAAAAUUACAGUCCUGAAGGAUUUAGCUUGACCAUUUAUAAAGACAUCGGCAGACAUAUCUUCCCAUUAAAAGCAAUGCAGCUGAGCAUAAUUAAACCAGUAUUGCAUGAAGCAAGUAUAAAAAGGCAGCAGUUUUUUUUUUUUACAUGUCUAAGUUUCCGGCUAUAUCUGCACGUUCACACACACACACACACCACAAUACUAUAAUACGUGAACUUAAAUGUAAUGCAUAAGCAGUCCAUGCCUUCUUUUGAACAAAGUAUAAUUUGUUAGUUGGUAAGCCUUUGUUUACAAAAAAGAAAAAAAAACAAGAAAAAAAAAUAUCAUAAAAUCCUAGAAGCUGUGUAGGUACAGAGUAUUAUGUUAGGAUACACAUUAUACGUGCCAAUAACACACUUUAUUCGGUACACAACUUGAAUACUUCAUAUGUUUGGUUUUAUUACUAUGACCCUAUACAAAUCCUUAAAUCUUGUGAAACUAUUUAAAUGCUGAAAAAAGUGUGCUUUGUAUAUCCAAUUUAAUUACAAAUCGGGUAGUGAUUAUUUUAGUAUUAUAACUUGAAAUCAAGAUUAUUAUUAUUUUUUUUAUGUUGCCAGCGUUGUUAAACCUAGAUGUGUACAUCAUCUAAAGUUCCUUUACAGAACACAUGUAUGUCAUUAGUUACGUAACAACAGGAUUUUUUUUGGCAUAACUUUUUUUUAUUGUUUAUGUACUUGUCAGUGGCAUACCUUUUUAUUUUAGAAUCUACUCUUCAUCUAAUACCUAGCUGAGAGCCAAGCCUUAACCUGUACAGAAACCCCCCCACCUUAUACAUAUAUAUAUUUAUAUAUAUAGCGUUCCAAUCCUUGCAAAUAAUUCCAUUACACUGCUGCAUCACACAUGGCGAAUGUUUUUGUUUCUGCAUAGUGAAAUAAAAAUGACUAAAAACUGCAUUGACUAUGUUGGGGAAAAAAAGUAUUGUGCUUUCUAAUUUGCACCAGCCAUGGUUUCCAUUCAAAAUAAACCACAGAUGUAAUUACAAAUCUCUUGGAAAUCAAUUGCGUUUUGCAGCUAAUCAAAUUAAAAAUUAAGACAUUUUUA